CUCGAAAUAUACAAUCAAUGUAUAAUCCCGGGACUUGGGACCAGAUUCAUAGCACCAAGCACAAUUAUUUUUGGGUUAUUCGCGCCUCACAGGUAGACAAAAAUAGCUACAUAAGAGGUGCCAUGGCAUGACAUUUGUGGCCUUCCAGGCAGAAGAAGGUGUAGUGGUGUGCUAUACCAGCAGCGCGAAUUCCCCUCUUCCACUAAGUUCCCUCCAUUUAGAGAGACGCUUUUCUUGUCACAGAAUGUUACCGGUAAGAAUUACGGAAGGAUCGACCUUGAUAUCGUAACGAAACUAACGAGUACAUGUUGAUCGUGUUCGAUGUCUCAGUUAAUGUAUGAAGUAAGUGCUAAUUAGAUUAACGCUAAUCCAAUCGUAAAAGAUGGGCGCCGCGAAGGGGAGCAAGGGAUCGGCCGUAUAAGAUUUAUACUCACUUCCUUGUAGUUGUAGUACUGGGUUGACGCAAUUGACACCUUGAAUGAAAUGCCAAGAGCCAGAAUCUGCUUAUAAUCACUGUUGUUCUUAUUUUUAGUUCUAUCGUAUUUGUUUUUCUUGGUGAUCUCGUAAAAUAUCUCUCACCCUCAACAUUGUGCUAUGAGUUUGCUCUUCACGUAUUUGAGCAAAUACACAGGUAGCGCCGAGGAAACUGCCAGUAAUAAAGUCGAUGCAAAAACGGGACAUUACAGCACGAGAGACCGAAGUAGAUCUGACAUGCUUGGACUGGAAGAGUAAAGGUACUUCACAGAACGAAGACUUCUUAAGUUCCACAGCUCUGGUGACAAGCAAGAGGUUUAUGAGGCGGCCGGGCCGUUUUCGUGGUAAGUAGUUGGGCGGUAUUCGCGUCGAAAAUGCGCGGGGCCGCCAGCUUUUUGCGCCUCCUCUCCGUCGGGCCUGGACUAGAUCGGCGCGCGGCGAAACGCUGGGCCGAGUCGGGGCGGCGCUAAUGGGGGCAGGCGCCGCGGCGUGCGCGAGCGAAGGAGGCCCCGCUAGAGUAGGCGCGCCCACAGCUUCCUACAGCUCCCCCCAUGCGAGAGCGCGGACCGGCUAGAGGCUGCAGGAGGUGGACGGGCCUGCCCUGCACCUGGGAGCUACCGCUGGCGACACCCGUAGCGCGGCCCGCCCUGGCGUUGGGUUCGUGGCAGCAAGCUUGACUGUGAACACGGCCAAACAAAGCCAGGGCGUGGCCUUGGGUUUCCGCCGGAAGGAUCGCCGGAGGCCGACCACGAUGGAGGAAGGCAAACGCAAAGCGCCAAGGGCUCCAAGUCCCGCGGCCUCUUUACUUGGGUAGAGGCUCCCGGACCGGGGGCCGUAGGCUGACAUGUUGCAGCACGCUCACCCAAAUAAGCUGGAGCUCUUCCUCGUUUUCGCGACGGCGCUUGCGUGCAGUUGUUUGCCUAUCCAGUAUGAAGUAGCUAUCUCCUCACGGAGAUCCAGCCGGAGUCAGUGCUGGCAUGGGGUCGACACUCCUCCAACGUCUUCCCGCGCUGCAGUGGGAGGCUGGGGCGCUAACUAUGUCGCGGCUGAGAGUAAGCUGCUGGCCCAUGGGUUCGCGCGGCGUGGCUACGUACAACUUUGGGGCAGACAUUCCAAGGCCUGGGCCAAGCCUUUCCAGUGGGCCUACGUGCGCGCGCUGGUGUCGAAGACCGUCGGGCAGACCACUAGCGACGUCCUUCCCGCAGCGAUUGCGCUGGGGGCCUCACCGUUUUGCAGUUCUUCCGACUCGAAAAAGCGGCGAUGUACUUACCCACUGCAUGCACGGAGAGGCACACUGCGGCGAGUGUCUCCUUUCUAGUUGGGGAGCUUUUUGCCAAAGCGGAGGAGUUGCGCGACAAGAUCAAGAGGAGCCACAGCCACUCAGACGCAAACAAGUGGAGCCCUGGGGUCAAGCUUUGCGUAACACUUUCACCCCAGAAGGUCCUGGGCUAGCAACGUCAGCCGGUGUUGCGUGAACUCUGGAGGAGGAACCACGUGCGCCAUGCCUGAGAUCAAAAGGGCGACCAUGGAGUACCAGGGUGGCCCCAAUCCCAACGACCCUCAGGCGCCAACUCUUCGCGACUUCAUAGCGAAACUGCAGGGCGGGCGGCUUAGAGCUGGGCUUGAACGUAGCAAGGAGGGCCUUUGCGGUUCCAGGGUUCCGCGAGCCUUGCGCUAUUCUUGGAGGACAAGGAGUUGCCAAGAGUGGAAUUUCAGGACAGCCAGCACUUGUCGACAUGUAUCGGCCCAGGCGGCACUACUGCGCUCAAGGGUUUGCCUAUAACUUUCGCGAUCGCGGGUUCCUCGUGAGGGCUCUGCGAGCGCGGCGCCUAAGUGGUGGGGCAAAGCUACAAUCUCCGGCAGAGCAAUCGCUGCGGGAAGAAGGCCAGUCGCGCCACGCGUUUACAGCGGACGGGGGUGCUUCCUUGCGACGUCUUUUGCGAUCUGUCGCGCCUCAACCCGCACACUUUGAAGGAGCUGCUCCAGUUUUUGGCGUUGGUUGCUUCUUUCGUAAAGUCUCCGACCUUCCACGCCUUGGGAGAAGGGCCGGGUCAGCCCGCCGCGCGCCCUGCUCUGACAAGCGGCCCGCUUGCGCUGAUGGAUAGCGGCCUCGGCGCUGGCCCAGUUAGUUUGCUUUGAAGUGCUUGACCCACAGGGGGGCGGGGUCGCCGUUUCUGCUGGCUACCUCCUGGCAGAGAACCUUUUGGGGGAGGCUUGGCUGGAGCACGGUGCCAAAGGUGGGAAGAGGGGCGGCUCGGAAGGCUCACCUGGGAAAGCUGGCGCCUAGGGAUCUGGAAAGGGCGGGAGAGGAAAUUAGGCACAACCGAGGAGGGCCCGGCCAAUAUAUAGGUGAGGGGCCACGCCAUGCCCGUCCUCGCUUGCAGAGGGGCGCAGCGCGCCUACAGGCGGGGGGAGCGGCAGGGCCGGCCGCGGGGGUGGUGUCAAUGGUGACAGAACACCACCGCGGAAGGCGUUAGGGCGCGUGGAUUGAGAUACGCCGCAAGGCUGAGGCCUGCGGGUUAAAGUGUUGGCGGCUCUGCUCGCUAUACUAGCGCGGGCGCGUUCAUUGAUAGAAGAUAACGGCAGCGCGGCCCACUUCGAGGCGGCGUUGGUUCCGUCUGGCAAAGUUUCGCGGCUGAGGGCGCAGCGCCGAACGGAGGCAAACGGCACCGGGCCAGCUCUGGAAGCUCUGGCGCCUUCCGACGGAUUACGCAGGGCAGCGACAUAGAUAGCGACAGAGCUUGCCCCUGUCGCUGUUGUUGUAAAGAGCGCAGCUCUAUGGAGGACACUACCUGAGAGGCGUAGCUUGCCGGCGGUCCCCGCGGUGCCGUUUUGCGAUGUCUACGACCAGCGGGGGCCCCUCGAGCAUGGCCUUGGUGACUGGUCGGCGCCAGGCGGAUGCGGGCCCUUGGGCGUUUUGGGGGGGGUGUGCCUGGGGGAAAAGGGUACGCGCUCGCUUUGGUAAAUUGUCCCCCUCGGUUUAGGUUGCCACGCUGAAGGCUCCACGCCUAGCGCUGCACCCAACGGCGCCGGCCCAAAAGAGGCUAUCUCCUGACGGUGAAGGUGCUGCGGCUGUGGGGUAGAGCAGUCCGUCGCGGGGGGCUGUUUCCAUGGCGGGGCUUUUUCGCGGAAUCUCCAGCGCUUGCGUCGUUGUCAAUGCCGCAAGGCCUUAGAGCUAGGCGUGGCCUUUCUUAUUUUUGGCGAUUGCCUGGGCCAGUCUAUCAGCCGCGUGCGGCCAGGAACUACAUGAAGAGGCUGAGGGCUUCUGUCGCAGCGUGCCACUUAGGCGGUGUGCUGCAUUGAUUGUGUCGCCUCGCCUUGCUUAUCGGCAUACGUGCUCGGCAGUCGCUGUCGCGAGGGGCUAGGGUGACGCCUGUGGGCUCCGUGGCGCGCAGGCAACUGUGUGAGUGUGGGAAGGUCGAUCGGCCUCGGUUCGAGGCGGUGGCGCUCUGUUUCAGCGUGGGGCGUGUUCCUUUUAGCUAAAGCUUGCGCUAAAAGUCUACCAAUAUAUAAACUUUGUUGCCCACCCUCUUUCAGGCUACUGCCCGCGGGGAGAAAGAUGCCAUUGGAGUCAUGAUGACGUGCCUGACGUUUCGCCAAGCAAUGCAAAGAAGGCAGCAAACGCGCAUGAGAGGAGAACCACCGGCGAGAGCCUCAUGGUAGCAGGAUCAAAAGUUAUGAUCGGAUACUGAAAACUCGAACCACAAAGAAGUGAACCAUGGAAAUUGAUUAAUUUAUGUAUUUUCCUCACCUAUUGUUUGUUUUCUGAUGUACUUACUGUUAACGUUUCUUUCAUGUAUAGCAGCAAGAAAGGCGGCGACUACGCGAAAAUCAACGUCCAGGAAAACAGAGAAAGCAGAGAUGGCAAAGGCAAGGGUAAGAAAAAAGGCAAGGGAAAAAAAGGAAAAGAAAAGAAGCCACUAUUAUGGUCAGCUUUCUUGCAUCUCAGUCCCCUCGUGUUGUUCUUGGUACUCUUCUCCCAUCAACUUGACAGAAGAAAAGGUAGAUGAAAUCUCAAAAUAAGCAAGGAAAUUCGAGGAUAGUCCUUCACUCGGUUAUUGUAGUUUUGCAAAUAUCAGGAUUGGGGGACCGAGAUGGACCCAGGCACGCUUUAACACUAGUCGGACCCAACGGGGAGGGAGAUGAUUAUCCCUAUUGCUGGGAUUUCGUGAACACUGGCGAGUGCAAGCGUGGUACCUACUAAAAUGCAGUUUUGUAGGACUUCCCCUUUCCCCCUUUUUGGUGGGCUUACCCGCCCAAUGGGUAAACUAAAACUACUAUUACUACUGCAGGAACCAACUACAGAUACUUUCUUAAUAUAGUGCAGGAGAAGAAGACCUAAACCUAUUCAUUCUGAAGUCAUCCAAAAGAUUUCGAAAUGAAAACCAUCGUUAGGUGAUAAGUGCAAAUGGCUGCAUGAAAUCCCGCUCGACGAGGUUUGAAUCGAAAAAUCCGCAAACUAACUGUACGCAACGCUGUGGUGUUUGCGCAGCCGGAUACCUGUUGCGCGACAAAAAGAGUUAUUCGCAUUUGAUAUUCUAGUGCGCGCUUUUCGCUGUUGGCGUGCUUGACGAAUAUUCGCUUAUGAUCGUAUUUCAAUGUGAAUUGAUUUGUAACGCAUGGGAGGAGAAGAACAUUGUUUUGAUGAAGCAGAAUUGAAGUACCAACCAAAGAGGCAAACCAGUGUACAAACCACCGCGCAACGGAUGGGGUUUUCACGUAUGGAAUUUCUCAAAGAGACAACAACUACCUGCGUUAGAACUAUAUUUCUUGAAAUUCUAAGGUCUAUAUCAUAUGCUUACAUUAUAUCAAUGUACAAUCCGUUUGUUAUGUUAGAAGCGAAUUACGACCUUCUCUAUUUCCGAAGAUCUCCUCGCAACACAACACUUCGUGGACGAAUGGAUACUGAUUAACUUCUGACGUAAAACAUACAAAGAUAGAAGGCACC